CAAAUACAUAACUAACUAGAUUGGCUUAUUGAUUCAUUGUUUUGUUUCUUUGAAUUAAACAAAAACAUCUUUUAUUCAAGAUCCAAUCCAAAGCAUUUUCAUUAACUUUAUAAUGAAAAAUAUUAAAUUAAACAAAAACUAGUGUACUAUUUAUUUUAUUACAAUUGGUUGUAUUUGAGCUUUGCUUUAUUUCUUUUGAAUAAAACAAUAAAUUACCUAUAAAAAAGAAUAGUUAACGGAAAAUGAACUGUACACCUCAAUAAAGCAAGCUACUGGGUCAAGAUCAGUAAGUAUAAAACCUGCUUAGAAUCACUGUCCUGUUAAUUAAUCACUUGAAGAUUGAAUCUCCAAAAAUAAAGAAUAUCUUGACAGAGUAAUUUUUAAUAAGCUAUUUCAACUUCAUUGACACUGUUAUUUAAUACUCAUGCCAAAAGAAAAAGAAAAUUCUGCAGGGUCCGAUAAAAUGGAUCAAAUUGAAAACUUUAUUCAAAACCAUAAUCACAUACAUAGUGAUACUGACAGUAGGGAUGAUAUAAAUCAAUUCCAAACAGAUAGUCCCAACUCCUGCUAUUCCUUUUCAGAUCAAAAUAGCCCUGAGCCCAGUAUUUAUUCAUUUUCUCAAUCACAAACUAAUAACAUUUCCCAAUCUCACCUGAUUAGAAAUAAUUAUAUCUUGGAUCAAAUAACCCAUUUUCCUCCAAAUCAAUUGAAUUCUCAAGGCGAUUAUACAGAGAAUCGAUUAAUAGAAAUUUUCCAUUUGCACAAUAAUAACAAUGAUAUUAUUAGACCUCAUUUUCUUACUAAUCGUGCAAUUCAAAAUAAUUAUUCGCCCGAUUUUUCUAAUAGAGCUUUGCCACCUUUUCUAGCACCUUCAGAUCCCAGAACUGAUUAUUAUGAUGAUUAUCAUUCACAUCCGUUAAAUAGAACCACUGGUUAUACAUUGGAUUUUCCAGAUGACCAAACCAGCAAUCAUUCACAAUUAUAUCUGAUUCAACAAGCAGAUCGUGUUGGUGAUAAUGAUUCUUCUAAUGAUCCAAAUAAUACAUCAUACUUCUCUAACUCAUCCGCUUCAACAGAUUCGGUAACUUUAUUUGAUUCAUCACUUUCGUCUGAUAUAUCUGAUUCAUCUUUUUCAUCUUUUUCAUCUUUUUCAUCUCUUUCAUCACCUCAGCCUGUCAGACCCUUUUUUUUCAAUUCAGUUAUGACGCCUCGGUUUCCAAAUCCUCAGAUAUCCUUUUCACAGAAUGAAGAAUUAACAUUAGCUGAUAUCACACCGCCACCAUCCCCUUUAAUAGAUGAACCAGAAGAUGAGCCAACGAUUGAAUGGUAAACCAAAUAACCAAAAUAAAGGUUAGCGAAAAAAACCCGACAAUAUAAGUCAACUCAAAGUUCAAAUAGAUGCCAGAUAGAAUUUGAAAUUACGGAACUAUGUCUCUCUAUUGGUGUGAACAGUGUUUAGUAUCAAUAAAAAAAAACACUAUCGGAAUGUUCUUAAAUUAUAUUCAAAUUAUAUUGAAUGCAAUGUAUUUGAAGACAAUGAAAGAGUAAUUUAGUCAGAAGAAUUCAUUUUUUAUCAAAUCUUUUGCUUUGACAAACAACAUGCAACUUGCUUGAGUUGCA